GACAGAUUCAUUUUUAGCGAUCCCUUCAACUUUUUUGAAGCACGAAAACACCACCAGCCAUCUAACCCACCGAACAACAUUCCACAACAUCCACCACGCCACGUAACCUUCCGACCGCCACUCAUCUCCUUCGAACCUCCUCUUCUUUGUUCGGGAAUAUAGAGAAGGCGGCUCAUUCUAAAUUAAUUUGUAUUCUAAUCCCCAAAUCUACGCGGUCCCGAAUAAUACAAACCGAGCGAGCUUCCUCCGAUCACCAUCCGUCUAGGUACUUAAUACCACGAAAAUAUGUCGCAAUACUACGGCGCGCCCCCUCCAAACCAAUACGUCGGCGGUGCAGCAGCUGCGCAAAACCUCCAAUUCUACCCGUCAUCCUACUCCCCCGGCGUCCCUGGUCAAGGAGCCCCGGCGCAAUCAUACGGCUAUGGCGCGCCUACGCCAGGGCCCGCCGCAUAUGGAGGGUUUGGCGCUGCACCGGGUGUAAGUGGGCGGAUGGGUGAACAAGGUGGUCUACGGACAGGUUGGCUCGCUGCUUUCUCGACGGAAGGAUAUGAUGGCGAACCGCCGUUACUGGAAGAAUUGGGAGUUAACUUCGAACACAUACAAAUGAAGACAUUAGCAGUUCUCAACCCCUUCGGCCGAAUAGAUCAACAUAUAAUGGACGACUCAGACCUCGGCGGUCCUAUUCUUUUCUUCCUCCUCUUCGGUACAUUUCUGCUUUUCAGUGGUAAGGUGCAUUUCGGAUAUAUCUACGGACUGGCACUUAUGGGCUCGGUCGCCCUACACACGAUCCUCUCGCUUAUGUCACCCGACGGCUCUAAUACCGCAUCGCCUGGACAUGCAGCGGCAGCGUAUUCCUCUGCACCAGGCUAUCCCGGCGAUCCUACUGCGGGUGGAAGAGACGAUGGCAAGGGACAUUUAAGCAAUAACCUUACGUUUGCGAGAAGCGCAAGUGUGCUAGGAUACUGCCUCUUACCUCUUGUUAUAACGAGUUUAAUAGGCAUUGUUGUACCGAUGGAUGGACCUCUCGGCUAUAUCCUUACAAGCGCGGCGAUUGUAUGGUGUACAACGAGCGCGAGUGGCAUGUUCUGCGCAGUGGGACGAAUGAUGCAGAUGAGGGCUCUAGUAGCGUACCCCCUAAUGCUGUUCUACGUUGGAUUCGGAAUCAUGAGCAUAUUUAGCAGCCGAGGGUCUGGUAGCCUAGGCAAAGCAGCAGGUGUGUCAUGAAGUACUGGUCGGAUUGUUGGAGACAUUAUAUCGAAUUAAAAAUUGUCUUGAGGGUCCAUGAUAGAGAAGAGAGGUUCCUCGGCCUGCCUUCCACUGACGAAGAAUCUACUCUACAUAAGCUUGGCGAUGAACUCAUUGCAGUGUGUUUACCUGUAGUGGUAGGUAGCAAUUCUGGGGAAGGGUGGUGGAGAUAUCUGGGUACGGAUGGAUGGUGUUAAUAGGAGUGAUGACCCAUCUUCUACCCAAGCAAACGGUUGAAUGAAAUACUACAAGAUACCUAACAAUUGCGACGUUGCUCCAGCCAUAAUCUGCUCCUGUGUAUAUAAAAAAAGAAAAGGGGCGAUAAAGUUCAUGAUGUACCUUAGUAUAUGCAGGCAGAUUCACGUGUCUGGACUUAUUAUCCCGCCUAACAAAUCACUCCCCGCUCCCUCGUUCACCCCACCAU